UGAUUCUUCUUUCUAAUAGAAAUCAGAAAAUAUGGAACAGAGGUCUCUGGAAAGAGUUGUUUCACAUAGGGCUCUGCAGAUAGGAAGCUCAUUUCCAUGCCAAAUUUGUGUGCUUGCCUUUCUGUCUGGAGUUUGUCUCACCUCUUUAUUUCUUGUUGGACUUCCAAUUUCAACAUUCACUUCUUCAACAACCCUAAUAAGUCACUGCAAUGUUAAACAAGACAAGUUAGAAAGGUGGUUUGCAGAUGAGAGGCCACUCUCAUUACUCUACUCAUCUUGGAGUAAUCAAUCAUCAAAUGAAGGUAAAUCAAAAGCACCUCACUUGGAGAACUGCAAGCUAAGUGCCCAAACAAAUGAACGACUUGAUACCCGACUUGUAAAUCAUACCUUCCCUCCAUGGAAGGGACACUUUUCCUCCACACCUCAAGGAGCUUAUCCUCCCUGGAUCAAGGGGUCAGAUGAAGAAAAUUACCCCUUAACGAGGAAGGUGCAACGUGACAUAUGGCUCCAUCAACAUCCUUUAAACUGCAGUGAUGGAAAUGUUAAGUUUCUGAUAGCUGACUGGGAGAGAAUACCAGGGUUUGGUAUUGGUGCACAGAUAGCUGGAAUGUCUGGUCUUCUUGCAAUAGCAAUUAAUCAGAAAAGAAUUCUUGUUACCAGCUAUUAUAACCGUGCUGACCACAAUGGUUGUAAAGGUUCAUCACGCUCCAGUUGGUCUUGCUACUUCCUUCCAGAAACAUCUCCGGAAUGCAGAGAUCGUGCUUUUCAGAUCAUGAAACAAAAAGAAGCAUGGGAAAAAGGGAUCAUAACCAUAAAAGAAAACUAUACGUCUAAAGAGAUAUGGUCUGGACGCACUCCAAGGUCAUGGGGAAAACCUUGGAGUUAUUUGCAGCCAACAACAGAUAUUAAUGGAAGUUUAAUUGCUUAUCAUCGCAAAAUGGAUAGGAGGUGGUGGCGUGCUCAGGCAGUGCGCUACCUAAUGCGGUUUCAGACUGAGUACACAUGUAACUUGCUAAACCAUGCACGACAUGCAGCAUUUGGCUGGGAAGCAGCAAGAAUGGUUCUCGAAAGUCAAUUUACAGAUUUUCCCGAGGGAGUAGAGAAAGCGGCAGCCAAACAUGACAUUGAAAGUUUUGUAUGGUCAAGUCAUAAACCUUGGAGUCCUAGGCCAAUGCUGAGCAUGCAUGUUCGAAUGGGCGACAAGGCAUGUGAGAUGAUAGUUGUAGGGUUCAAAGAAUACAUGCAUCUUGCUGAGCGGAUAAGAAAGCACUUUCCUAAUCUUAAGAGCAUCUGGCUUUCAACAGAAAUGCAGGAAGUUAUAGAUCAAUCAAGACUGUACCCUCAUUGGACGUUUUACUACACAAAUGUGACACGCCAAACAGGUAACAUGACAAUGGCAACUUAUGAAGCCAGUCUUGGGAGGGAGACGAGCACGAAUUAUCCUCUUGUUAAUUUUUUGUUGGCAAGUGAAGCCGAUUUCUUCGUUGGAGCAUUGGGAUCGACAUGGUGUUUCCUCAUAGACGGUAUGAGGAAUACUGGAGGGAAAGUCAUGUCUGGAUACUUGAGCGUUAACAAGGAUCGAUUUUGGUAGCUAGCUACACUAUGGACCUUCUAACUCCAUCUAUGCAUAAGAAAAGUGCUAGCACAUCACUUCUUACAUGUAAAUUGUUUAUAGUAAAUUAAAAUUCCCACAAAUUCUAUGUAACUUAUCACAUUUUCUUGUAAAUACAGUAUUUUAUUGAAUACCUAUAUUACUAGUAAAGUUAUUAUGUAA